UAACGACGGUGAACGAAGAAGCGUUGAAACAAAGUGACAAGUGGACAUUUCUUUUAUUUCUGCUGCUGAUGAAAUCAUAGACAUCCAUCCGCAUCCAUCUGUACUGGAUGGAUGUCUAUGGAUGAAAUGGCCUGUCGCCUUCAUCAGGACGGUGCUUUUAUUUUGAAGUCAGAUAGCAGGAUAUACCUGAACCACGAGAGGUCCAGUUUAGUUUCACUUUGAGCUCGGUCAUGUCGCAGCUCCUUCUUCUUCUCUCCUUCUAAAAAGAUGAAGACAGAAAGUCUCUGGGAGCUGAUGUGGAUGUGAAUUCAGCAGCAGCUAAUAAGCAGCUUGUUGGCUUCAUGUGAAGGCUCUGCUAUGAGUCAGUGUGAGGACAAAGAGGAGGGAGUCUCUCCCUCUAAAACCACUCUGCGUGGGGAUCAUGACAGCCAGACCAGAGCUCAGAGGAUCCUUCAGGAACCAGACAGUCCUGAACCUGAACCCAGCUGUGUGUCCAUGAAGAGUGACUGGUCUAUGGGUCAUCCUCUAACCUUCAAAGAUGGACGCCACUCUGAUGAACAACGGAGGAAGCUGGAAAAACCUGAACCUGAACCCAGCUGUGUGUCCAUGAAGAGUGACUGGUCUAUGGGUCAUCCUAUAACCUUCAAAGAUGGACGCCACUCUGUUGAACAAAGAGUGGACCAGGAGAGCUCGGAUGUUCCCAGUUUUCAGUCUGCCCGGCAGCAUCAAACACACCUGGACUCCAUAUUUAUGCUGCUGGAGGAGAACAUCGUCACUUUUGUGAAGAACGAGCUGAAGAAGAUCCAGAAGGUUGUAAAUUCAGAUUACCCAGAAUGCCUAGAGAGUGAGAGGGAGGAUGAGGAGGUGUUGGACGGUGAGGAUGAAGAGAAGAGGAGCAGCAGAGAGGAAUUUCUGAAGAUCACACUGCACUUCCUGAGGAGAAUGAAGCAGGGGGAGCUGGCUGACUGUCUGCAGAGCAGAACUCUUGGUGCAGUUUGUCAGCGUGAACUCAAAUCUAACCUGAAGAAGAAGUUCCAGUGUGUGUUUGAGGGGAUCGCUAAAGCAGGAAACCCAACCCUUCUGAAUCAGGUCUACACAGAGCUCCACAUCACAGAGGGAGGGACUGCAGAGGUCAAUUGUGAACAUGAGGUCAGACAGAUUGAAACAGCAUCCAGGAAACCACACAGACCAGAGACAACAAUCAGACAAGAAGACAUCUUUAAAGCCUCACCUGGAAGAGAUGAACCAAUCAGAACAGUGAUGACGAAGGGAGUGGCUGGCAUCGGGAAAACAGUCUUAACACAGAAGUUCACUCUGGACUGGGCUGAAGACAAAGCCAACCAGGACAUACAGUUCACAUUUCCAUUCACUUUCAGAGAGCUGAAUGUGCUGAACGAGAAAAAGUACAGCUUGGUGGAGCUUGUUCAUUACUUCUUUACUGAAACCAAAGAAGCAGGAAUCUGCAGGUUUGAAGAGUUCCAGGUUGUGUUCAUCUUUGACGGUCUGGAUGAGUGUCGACUUCCUCUGGACUUUCACAACAACAAGAUCCUGACUGAUGUCACAGAGUCCACCUCAGUGGAUGUGCUGCUGACAAACCUCAUCAGGGGGAACAUGCUUCCCUCUGCUCACAUCUGGAUAACCACACGACCUGCAGCAGCCAAUCAGAUCCCACCUGAGUGUGUUGACAUGGUGACAGAGGUCAGAGGGUUCACCGACCCACAGAAGGAGGAGUACUUCAGGAAGAGAUCCAGAGAUAAGAAGCAGACCAGAACAAUCAUCUCCCAUAUCAAGACAUCACGAAGCCUCCACAUCAUGUGCCACAUCCCGGUCUUCUGCUGGAUCACGUCUACAGUUCUGGAGGAGGUGUUGAAGACCAGAGAGGGAGGACAGCUGCCCAAGACCCUGACUGAGAUGUACAUCCACUUCCUGGUGGUUCAGUCCAAAGUGAAGAACAUCAAGUAUGAUGGAGGAGCUGAGACAGAUCCACACUGGAAUCCAGAGAGCAGGAAGAUGAUCGAGUGUCUGGGAAAACUGGCUUUUGAUCAGCUGCAGAAAGGCAACCUGAUUUUCUAUGAAUCCGACCUGACAGAGUGUGGCAUCGAUAUCAGAGCAGCCUCAGUGUACUCAGGAGUGUUCACAGAGAUCUUUAAAGAGGAGAGAGGACUGUACCAGGACAAGGUGUUCUGCUUCGUCCAUCUGAGUGUUCAGGAGUUUCUGGCUGCUCUUCAUGUCCAUCUGACAUUCAUCAACUCUGGAGUCAAUCUGAUGGCAGAAGAAGAAACAACAUCCAAGAAGUCUGAGACACACUUCUACCAGAGUGCUGUGGACAAGGCCUUGCAGAGUCCAAAUGGACACCUGGACUUGUUCCUCCGCUUCCUCCUGGGUCUUUCGCUGCAGACCAAUCAGACUCUCCUACGAGGCCUGCUGACACGGACAGGAAGUAGCUCACAGACCAAUCAGGAAACGGUCCAGCACAUCAGGAAGAAGCUCGAUGAGGAUCUCUCUGCAGAGAAAAGCAUCAAUCUGUUCCACUGUCUGAAUGAACUGAAUGAUCGUUCUCUAGUGACACAGAUCCAACGGUUCCUGAGUUCAGGAAAUCUCUCCCCAUAUAUACUGUCUCCUGCUCAGUGGUCAGCUGUGGUCUUCAUCUUACUGUCAUCAGGAAAACAUCUGGAUGUGUUUGACCUGAAGAAAUACUCUGCUUCAGAGGAGGCUCUUCUGAUGCUGCUGCCAGUGGUCAAAGCUUCCAACAAAGCUCUACUGAGUGGCUGCAACCUCUCAGAGAGAAGCUGUGAAGCUCUGUCCUCAGUCCUCAGCUCCCGGUCCUCUAGUCUGAGAGAGCUGGACCUGAGUAACAACAACCUGCAGGAUUCAGGAGUGAAGCUGUUGUCAGCUGGAGUGAAGAGUCCACACUGUACUCUGGAAACUCUCAGGCUGUCAGGCUGUCUGAUCACAGAGGAAGGCUGGUCUUCUCUGGCCUCAGCUCUGAGCUCCAACCCCUCCCAUCUGAGAGAGCUGGACCUGAGUAACAACAACCUGCAGGAUUCAGGAGUGAAGCUGUUGUCUGCUGGACUGGAGAGUCCACACUGUACUCUGGAAACUCUCAGGCUGUCAGGCUGUCUGAUCACAGAGGAAGGCUGUUCUUCCCUGGCUUCAGCUCUGAGCUCCAACCCCUCCCAUCUGAGAGAGCUGGACCUGAGCUACAAUCAUCCAGGAGACUCCGGAGGGAAGCUGCUGUCUUCUGGACUGGAUGAUCCACACUGGAGACUGGACACUCUCAGGGUGGAGCCUGCUGGAGUCCGAUGGUUGACACCCGGUCUGAGGAAGUAUUCCUGUGAACUCACACUCGACACAAACACAGUGAACAGAAAGCUCAAACUGUCUGACAACAACAGGAAGGUGACACAUGUGGAGGAGGUUCAGUCGUAUCCUGAUCAUCCAGACAGAUUUGACUCGUGUCCUCAGCUGCUGUGUAGAACUGGUCUGACUGGUCGCUGUUACUGGGAGGUCGAGUGGAGAGGAAGAGCUUCUAUAUCAGUGAGUUACAGAGGAAUCAGCAGGAGAGGACACGGAGAAGACUGUGAGUUUGGAAGGAAUGAUCAGUCCUGGAGUCUUAGGUGCUAUGAUUGUGGUCAUGAUUACUCUGUCUUGUACAAUAACAGAGAAACACCCAUCACCUCCUCCUCCUCCUCCUCCUUCUCCUCCUCUGGCAGAGUAGGAGUGUAUGUAGACUGUCCUGCUGGCACUCUUUCCUUCUACAGAGUCUCCUCUGGCACGCUGAUCCACCUCCAUACCUUCAACACCACAUUCACUGAACCUCUUUAUCCUGGGUUGGGGUUUGGGUCUGGGUUUGGGUUUGGAUCUAGUUCUGGUUCUUCAGUGUCUCUGUGUUCUCCUCACUGAUUUCUCACUGAUUGUAAAUGCAGUUGGAGCAGGUGAGGGUUACCUGAGCUGGCCUGGACUCUGAGGUGUUGAGAUCUCUCAGUGUAGACGGUGACGUCUUGCCGGCCUCAGCCAACCCGUGACAACCCCCCCUUCUCCACCUCAAACCAGCGUGUGUUGUGAGACUCAACUCUGUGCUGGAGACCAGGGAGACCUUUUUAAAAGUCUCUGUGUGUUCAGCUCUCACUACUUUUGUAGCUUCUAACUGAAUCUCUGUGGUUUGAGGUGUAGUUUCUCUCCUGUUUGUACUUUCACAUAUCUGCUUUAUUUGACCAUAAAGGCUCCAUAUAGGAGUCGUGUUCAUUUGCUGCUGAUGUCACAAUAGCAGCAAUAUUGAGAAGCCAACAGCAGGGGAUGGCAAGCAACCGCCACAACCGCUAUGUUCACGGUUUCUCUUUGAUGAAUUCUUUUUACACUGUUGGUGCCUUCAAAUGAAACUGGUGAACUGGUGUUUACAACAUGAGAAGUCGUGUACACGAUAUGCUAUGAUAUCAUAUCAAAUAUGAACGGUAGUCAACGGAGAGACACAAAUAUGAUUUAGAUC